GAUGAUCACGUGACUCGGUCGUUCGUACUGUAGCCUCGGCUUGUUUCUUUGAAAGAGGAAACGUACCGCAUUCAUUCCUCACUGGCAUCUCUGAGUGGACAGAGCUCAAACAUAUUUUGUUUAUUUGCACUGCAGUUCACUAACAAACCUAGGCAUCCGUUCAUUUUUUUCUCUCAAACCUUACAAUUUCGCUAUUUUAGUACUAUUUCGAACAACAGCCAUUAGGUACACCAACCAACCUUGCCUCGAAGACUACACCUGUCCCAGCAUCAUCUGAGUAGGAUUCCACAUAACUGCUGAGUGGACAAAACCUGCUCCAGAUCAAGACAUAUUUGGAAACAAGAUGGCCGAAUCCCACGAAUAUCUGAUCCGUUAGAACGUCCUGGUCUGGUCAAGUCCUUUCCGCCAUCACCUGCUCCGACUCUUCUAAAGAGCAGUAGAAUGGAUGAGCAGAGGUGCUCGCUUCCACCUCCUCUCAAAACAGAGGAAGACUACAUUCCAUAUCCCAGCGUCCAUGAGGUAUUGGGGCGUACUGGUUCUUUACCACUGAUUCUGCUGCCCCAGUUUGGGGGUUAUUGGAUUGAAGGGACCAAUCAUGAUUUAGGCUCCUCCUCCACACCAGAGGAACCGCCUCCUUGCCCCGCAUCACAGGUUAAACUGGAGACCAAUAGCAUCGCCAAGAUCUACAGGAAACACUUCCUGGGCAAGGAGCACUUUAAUUAUUACUCUGUGGACAGCGCUCUCGGACACCUGGUCUUCUCUGUGAAGUAUGAUGUGAUUGGAGACCAGGAGCAUCUUCGACUGUUGUUUAGGUCAAAGUUUAAAACCCACCAUGAUGUGAUACCAAUUUCUUGUCUAACCGAGUUCCCUAAUGUUGUCCAGAUGGCGAAGCUUGUCUGUGAAGAGGUAAAUGUGGACCGAUUUUAUCCCGUCUUAUACCCAAAGGCAUCCAGACUCAUUGUGACCUUUGAUGAGCAUGUCAUCAGUAACAACUUCAAGUUUGGAGUCAUCUACCAGAAAUUUGCCCAGACAACAGAAGAGGAACUAUUUGGAAACAAUGAGGAAAGUCCAGCUUUUGUUGAGUUUCUGGAGUUCUUGGGAGAGAAGAUUGAACUUCAUGAUUUUAAAGGAUUUCGUGGUGGCCUGGAUGUGACACAUGGCCAGACAGGAACCGAGUCAGUCUACCACAACUUCCACAAUAAAGAGAUAAUGUUCCACGUGUCCACAAAACUGCCAUACACUGAAGGUGAUUCCCAGCAGCUCCAGAGGAAGAGGCAUAUAGGAAAUGACAUCGUGGCUAUUGUGUUCCAAGAAGAAAACACACCAUUUGUACCCGAUAUGAUCGCAUCAAACUUCCUUCACGCUUACGUAGUGGUGCAAGUGGAGAACGCUUGCACUGAUAACGUCCUCUAUAAGGUAUCUGUGACGGCAAGAGAUGAUGUGCCUUUCUUUGGUCCUGCCCUCCCAGACCCAGCUGUCUUUAAAAAGAGUCCAGAGUUUCAUGAGUUCCUCUUGACCAAACUGAUCAAUGCUGAAUAUUCCUGCUAUAAAGCAGAGAAGUUUGCCAAGCUGGAGGAGAGGACACGUUCUGCUCUGCUGGAGACUUUAUAUGAGGAGCUGCAUGUGAACAGCCAGUCCAUGAUGGGGCUUGGAGGAGACGACGACAAACUGGAGAAUGGAGGAGGUGGAGGUGGAGGCUUCUUUGAGUCUUUCAAGCGAGUUAUCCGCAAUAGAAGUCAAUCUAUGGAUGCUAUGGGCCUCAGUAACAAGAAACCGCACACUGUCUCCACAAGCCACAGUGGAAGUUUUACACACAACCCACCAGAAACUCCCAAAACUCCUGGAAUUUCCCUGAUUAUUCCUGGAAAAAGCCCAACCCGUAAGAAAUCUGGUCCGUUCAGUUCCAGGAGGAGCAGCGCCAUUGGGAUUGAGAACAUACAAGAGGUUCAGGAGAGAAGCAGUCGAGAGGUGUCCCCUAGUCCACAGAGGGCAUCUGAUGGUGGACACACCUUUCAAGACCUCAGAUUUGAAAACUCGUCCAAUCAGAGCUCACCUGAGAUGCAGACCAGCAAGAUUGGUUCUGCCCUGUGCUGUCGAGCUCCUUCUAUCCCAGAGUCUCAGGACCUUUCUCGCUCCUCAUCCGAUGCCAGCAGCUUCACCAGUGUGGUGGAGGAGAACGAGCAGGAACACGAAGCGACAGAGGAGUACGACACGGGACUGGAUAGUUUGUCUUCAGCUGGUACGCCUCACAAACGAGAUUCAUUUUCAUACAGCGCUGUGUGGUUGGAAGACGGCUCUGGUAGUGCUAGUCAGAGCAGUUCACACGGUCCCAUUCGACAGCAGUCUGAACCUCUACGUCCAAAAACAGAGAGACAACACUCGAACUGCUAGCUGUCCUGUAGGCUGUAGAUGACUUCAUGGAUGUCCAUCAACAGCAUUUUCAUAAGCAGCCCUUCGCAGCGGACACUCAAUGUGCUCACAAGUUCCUCUAGAGACACGGAUGUGAAGGGGAGUGAAGCACUAGUUACAGCCCCGCGGCGUACAGUCGGGCAAGUGUGCAUCAGAAUAUCAGCGCGCUCUUGUAAGGAAACCACCCCUUUAUCUUCUGUCAUGUGGCUGUUGGUCUGUAGGCAAAAUGGCAAACCUGCCUGGCAUGUAUUGAAGGCUGGUACACGUCUAGAAGAACAGGGAAGAGCUGCCAGCUGGGAAAUCAAUCACGCAUGAUUAUUAUGGCCUUAUCAUAGGCUUCUUUCUUUCUUUCUUUCUUUCUUUCUUUCUUUCUUUCUUUCUUUCUUUCACAGUGGCCCUCGUUGUGUGGGUUUGUUUUUUAUUUGUCAUAUUUAUUUAUUUAUUGAGGCUCACUGUGGUGUGUAGAUCUUUCAGUAACGGGGGGUGGUAAGCUAUCACAAGCUUUCGGCAUCUUUCAGAAUAACAAAGGAGGUUCAAUCUAAACCCAUCAUGCUUAAAACACACGCGAACCCGCAAAGCACUGUAAUACACAUCUACAUGUAUGUGUGGUUCUGUUCGGUUGCGUUUUGUGUCAGUAAUGCGUAAUGAUGUUGAAAAUGAAUAUAGGUAAAUGUUAAAUGUCGUUCUUCGGUUAGGUGUUUCUUCUGGUGUUAGGCGCCCAAGCCAUUUCAGAUCCUUUCCAAUAAACAAAGUAGGCAUUAUAAUUUAUGACAAAGCAAAUAGAUCAAGUGUGAGAUGCUGUAUACAUUUUUUUUUAAAAUAUUAUUUAUUAAGAUUAUGCUGUUUUACUGAUCAACAUAUUUUGUAUGGCCACAGCUUCUUGUGGUAAACUGACGUGUGUGUAAACUGUACACUAAUGUAGUAGCUUCAUGUUUGUAGUUUCAUGUUUUAAAGCCUGCUGUGCAGAUUGAAGGGUCAUGUCUCUCAAGUCAGAUAGCAUGAAGCCUUUUUAGCUUAUAUGGCAAGUGAGCAAUAUGAAUGUAAAACCGAUGAGACAUAUAUGACAGUGGGUAUGGACACUAAAACACUAGGUCAGAAUAUACUCAAUGGAUGCUUGAAAUGGUGGACAAUGGGGUUUUCAAAUAGAUAUUUUAAGAUUUUUUGAGAAAAAAACCCUUCCCGUUUCAGAUCAUAAAAUCAAUGUUUCAGUUUUUACACUUAGUACUAUGUUGUUAAUGCUGUUAAUAGCAUUCCCAUUCAUCUCAUUGGCUUAUGGGAUAGAGAUAGAGAUCACAUGAGCUGUAAAUGUGAUGAAUUAUUCUAAGCAACUAUCCCAAGCUGUGACAUUAAAAAAAAACAUAAUUCACUGGCAAAAUAUCGACUCUAAUAAAAUGAAAUAUUUGCAAUUAAUGUUGUUUGCAAAAAAAAAAAAAAAAGUAGUCCGAAUACACGGCUACAUUUACAGCUGCUUAAAAUGCCAUGGUAUUUCAUUUCAAAGAAUACCAUGGUAUUACCAUCAUAGUAGAAACAUAACAUUGGACAUUACCAAGAUUGCAUGUCCAAAAACAUGAAAACACCAUAGUAUAUUUUGUUCGACUAAUAUCCCAGUUCACAGAAUUUUUGCUUAUAAAUAGUGCUGUUUAGGCACUUUCAGGGGUGAUACUUAUAAAACUGUACAUGGAGAAGGGGAAAAAUAUUUUUGGCUGGCUAAAUCCAUGCUUAAAGCUGUGUUAGAGCCCUAAAUCUCUGCUGAUUGGUCAAAAUGUACAUAGUGCGUUUGCACAUGCUCGAGACAUGAAGCACAAACUCAUUCCAAACAAACACCGACUGCUUUCUGCAAGUGAUUGUGUUCAAAUGCUUAUUAUGCUACUUUUAUGAAAUGUUUUACUGUAAAUAAGACAUUUUCUCCUUUUUUUGUAAUAAAACAAGAGAAAUCAUGUUUAAUAAAGAUCAAAGGGUUCAUGGAAUGUU